AAUCGCAACCUUAUAACGUGCUUACAUUUUUGUACUAUCAGUUAAACCAUGUUGAUUUUUACAUAAGACCAUGAACAACAUUGGCUGCAUUUAAUAUCUAACCAUCAGCAAUUGUUUGCAUAUUGUUUUUCUGAAGUAUUCAAGUAGCAAGCAGAUUUUAUUUGCAAUUUUAAUAGCUUAACUAAAAUAUUUUUUUUCAUACAUGAUCUUUUUGAGCGUUUGAUUUUGUUUGAUCAAUUCGCGAAUCACGGUUGCUAUUAUCAACCUACUGAUAAUUAUUGUCAUUAGCUUUAACACUUUGGUGCAUUUUGAAAAGAUUAAAGUCGCAUUACGAAGCCUAGAUUUAAUUUGAUUAAUAAUAAACAAAAAAUAAUUUAAAAUUUCAAAAAGAAAGAUAGUUUUUGAAAUCAAAUUACCCCUGACAGAAAUACUGUGAGCUUCAUCAUUAAGCUGUUUUAGUGUUGAAAACAAAAUUACAUUCUCUGCCAAAAAAAUUGAUUUCCAACUUGGGGUAUUCAUUUUUUUAAAAUCACUUCCUUUGAUCAAAAUCGUCAAACAAUCGACGUUAUUCUGGUUGUUUUGUUUAAUCCCAAAUACCAUUUACGCCCAUCCGCUCAUUCAUUUUGUUUCAUCACAAACUAUUUCCUUAAUGACUUAAGAAUACAAUUAUCUUGAAUUUAUUAACGAAAUCAAAAAUUGGACAAAUCGACGGAUGAAAACGGAGGCGACUAGACGCGGAUUCGAACCGAAGCGGCCGGGUGGUGAGGAGUUGUACAACAAUAUAGUGGUGAAGUGUACUGUGCAAGGGGAGGUGUUGACGGGUGAUCGAGACGACUUGAGAGUGUGUGGGGAGUGCGAGGCAUGUCAGUUACACGGAUAUGUCACCAGGACUGUUGAUUGGUUCAACCGUGCAAGUGAAAACACAAAGAAAGUAUUCGUUUGUGGUCUGGCCAGACGCAUGCCAAGUGAAGAACUAAUCCAGUACAUUCAGCACCUCAUCCAGCCCAUCUGCUGCAAGGACUACACCUACAGUCGCACCAGAUCAGCACCAGGAUUAUCCAGGGACCAGGUAUCCAGUCAUGGAGAUAGAACCCUGGAUGUGGAAGGUCUUCAGGCGGAGAUAUUUGACACGUGGCACUGGUUCGCACACACCUCACACUAUGCAAAGAUGAACUACAUGUUGGAGCUGUUGAAGUUGUGUGACUCGCACUUGUUGCUGACCUUGAAGAACCAGAUGAGGACGGUGGCCAUGAGUAGUCAGAGGGGUCUGGUGGAAGAGAUGCUCACCAAAAUGGAGGAGAGACAACACAGUGAUCAGGCCAACGAUCAGGGCACAGGAGGAGAUAAUUUGGCAUAUGACUCAGACACAGCCAGUGAGGAGACUUUCGUCUCGAACAAACAUCCCAACUUGGCCUUUCUGAAGGAGUGCAAGGAUCCCAAACAGUAUACUAUGGAUGCGAAGAACCCUCUGAGUGGCAGGACUUUUGCCAAGGAGUCCCGACUGAGGAAGCAGCACAGGAUCAAAGUGCUCAACAAGGCCAUAGCGGACGAGAAAAAAGUGGCGGUUAAGACAGCUACGAGGAGAAGUGGUCAAGGUCACCACCUAACAAAAGGAGGCGGAGAUGGAACUGUGGAGCCAGCAGACACACUCCCCUUAUUCUCACAGUCGGCUGCAUCCGGAAUCAGCAAGUUCAAGGACUUUGUGCGUGAGCUGCCUGUCUACCUCUCCAAGUACAUUCUGAACUUCCUCGACAAGAAGAGCAUAGCCUCCUGUGUACAAGUCAGUCGCAUCUGGAGGGCUAUUGCCUCGCAAGUGACAGAGGAGAGUGAGAUCCAGUUGAAGCUGCAGGAACAGUACACUGUGCUACAGGGCUCAUCCGCCAAAG